AUGUUUGAAUGUAAAUGUAAAAAUCAAAAUAUUAAAGUGUUAAUAAUACUUGUCAUUAUAUCAAUACUAUUAUAUGUUGCUGUGGAAAUAUGUUUAUUUGUCUCUGAUCAAUAUGUGAUAUAUAAAUAUUUAAUGGAACAUGGUCUACCUUAUGGCCAUCUGCUUAAUAACAGUAGAAAGAAACGAUUAUCUGAUGAAGAUGAUAAAAAAUUGAAGUUAGUUCAAGCCAAAGCUGCUUGGGUAGAAUCUGUCAGUAAUCUUAUACGUUUAAGUUUUGGAUUAGCAACAGUUCUUAUUAUUGGAUAUAUAUCAGAUCAUUACGGUCGUAAAAUUGCUUUAGGUAUAUUGAUUUUUGGUGAAGCGUUAUAUAUCGGACUAAUAGGUUUUAUCAUCUACUUAAAUUUGAAUCCAUGGACAGUUGUUUUUCCAGGUUUAUUUGAAGGACUUUUUGGUGGUGGUCUUAUAUCAUUCACUGCCCAAAUAUCUGCAUGUUUAGCUGAUAUCACUGUACAACCGGAAGAUUUUAAUGAAAAUUCUAAUACAUCAGGUUUAAGUCAACAAUAUACAUCUAAAGAGUACAGAUGGUUAUUCUUUACGAUGUAUGAUAGUUUGGCAAGUUUAAGUCAUGCUUGUGGUAGUCUAUUUGGAGGUAUGGUGGUACACCGCUUGGGUUUUGGUGUGUCUAUUAUUAUAUGUCUUGCAUUAUAUACUACCUCAGUAGUCGGAUUAUCAAUUCUUCCUGAAACCAAUCUGGAUGUAUUAAAGAGAAGACAUAAUCAACAAAAUAAUGCUAUCUGUCAAUACAGUGAAUCUAGAUAUUCUGAAGAUGGUCUACUCUACUUAGAAAUUAAAAAAAAUACAUUUAUCAUUAAAAUACUGGAAAUAUUCAUAAAAAUGCUUAAGGCGAUUCAACAUUCUAGUCCUUUAUCAAGAAUAGUUAUGACAUUGCUUUUUUCCGUAUCUGUAACAGUUUUAGCAGAUCUGCAGUAUAUCUACAUAUAUUUAAUGGGUUGUCCAUUUUUUUGGAAUGCACAGACAGUCGGAUUAUAUGCAGGUGUAUCUGAUGCUUUAUCAGCAUGUUUGUCUAUCACAUUCACUGUGGCAAUUUACAAUUGGGAACAAACUCGUAUAUUACAAUUAUGCAGCAUGGGGGAUACAAAAGAAUAUGUUGCAGAAUAUAAUUCCAUGGAAAUUACAUCAAAAGAAAUACGAAUAUUAUUUAUGAUUACAACUGUGAUAUUUAUAGGAUUUGGAUUUAUGUUAAUCAACAAAAUAUUGAUGGGUAUUGCUUUCUUAUUCACUUUACCUACUGCUAAUUACAUUGUUUACGGAGCAUCAGCUGUAAGAUUGGUGAAAAAUACACUUAUUGCACCGAUUCGAACUAUGAUCUCUAUAAUAACACCAAAUGAUAAACAAGGUUUCAUAUUAUCUCUUGGAGCAUUUAUUUCGUUUGUGGGAUUUCUGUUCAAUCUAACAGUUUUCCCACUUAUUUAUGCCGGAACUGUACACGUAUUUCCUGGUGCUGUUUUCUUUAUGUGUGGUAUACUCAUAACGAUUACUAUCGGUUUCGGAGUAUUAUUACCAAUACGAUUAACAAGAAUACAAAAAGAAAUGAUUUUAUUAAAUUAA